GUGGUUGUGGGUGGAUGAGUUUUGCCUGGUCGGUCAUACUGGGUGUGUCAACUGUCAAACCGAUGCUUUCUCACUCUGUCAACAUGCCACAGCUGAUGAGCGUGAAGCGUGCACGCAACGUUAUGUCGUUCCGUAUUCCAAGCAAGGCUAGGCUGCGUGGCCACCCGACAACGGUUUGAUGCUCCAUCAUCCAAGCAGCACGGUGGUAUUCUGUGCCAGGAAAAAAAAGAUUCAACCGACUCGGAGUGGGGUCAAACCGACGAAGACGAACCCGACGAAGCAGGACGCUCGGCUGGGUGCAUGGUUUCAUGUAGUGCUGAGGAUAAACUUCCUGUGCACAUGUGCGAAGCAGACUUCGCGACUUCGCGAUGUCGCUCUUUCACGAUGCCGCGCAGGACGGUGAUCUGAAGCUGCUGCGCAAGGCAUCCAAGCGAGAUGUAGCACGACUGGAUCAGGAUGGCAUGUCACCCAUGCACUGGGUUGGCUGGAGUGGCAACGUGGACGCCGCCAAGAUCCUUCUUCAGAAAGGAGCGAAUGUGGAGACAGCCGACAACAACGGGAACUGUGUACUGCACGUGGCUGCACAGUAUGGGAACGUUAAACUGCUGAGAUACCUGGUCGAGGAGGCUGGCGCGAGCGUGUGGGCGCUCAACGACGAUGGCAAGACAGCCUGCGAGGUGGCAGCCGAAACCGAGCAGAGCACUGCCUUCCGCUACCUGGACGCGCUGCAGCUGCGGCUCAGGGUCGACGAUCCGGACAAGGCCGACAAGUCACGGCAGCGCGCCCGCAAGGCGUGGGCAAAACGAGCAGAUCGUCGGGACAAGACGGCUGGGCGGGAGCAGGGCGCCGAGAAGGUCGUGGCAAAAUUACGCAAGCGCCAGAGCAGUGAAAGCAUUUUGCCGAUCAACCCGACAAAAACUGGUGUACCACCAUCAGCGGCAGCACCGCCACCAACGUCCAGAACAAGACAAAUGAGUCAAAUUCUGCCCAGGCAGACUGAGCCAGAGGUAUCUCUUGUGGCUUCGGGUCGUGAGCGGGCAUUCUCCGAUCCCACGCAGGAUUUGCACACCCUCGACAGAAGGGAUCACCCGGACAUUACGGAGAAUGAUGAUUCCGAAGCGGAUGGCGUUUUCCAGCCUGACCCGCGGCCUAAAGCAUCCCACGGCACACAUAAGGCGUCAUCCAAGCCAAUGCUCUCGACGAAAUCCGAAUCUCUUGAGGGAAAGCCCUCAAGCCGGCGUAGCAAUCAACUUCCGAGUACCAGCUUCGAGAACGCGUCGGCAGCGCAGGCCAUGGCUCGAUACCAGGGUUCGAAUUUGCGCUCGCGCUUCUCCCUGCGCCCGUUGAUGUCAUCCGGUGCGAUGACAAGCUCCACUAGUGGCGUUGGUACGGAUCUCUCCGGCAUGUCCAGCCUGGACAACUCGAUGGGAUCGGCCAGCGGAUCGCGUACGGCAAUGGCAAUAGCCAGAAUCAAGGGUCUAGGCGGCCUGAACGCAUUGACGCACAGCGCCACACCCGCUGACAAGGCACGCAAAGCUUCCGCUCCGGUCAUAACAGCCUCUGCUGAACUCGAGCCCGUCACCGUGAGCAGCUCGUUCCAACGCUACCGAGUGCACAGCGAUUCAACUGCCAUGGGACCCUCAACCAGUGCUGCGACCCUCAAGCAGAAGCCACAGGUGAGCAGGAAAAACUCUGCUGCGUCCACUGCUGGUGCGAUGCGACGGACAUCCUCUUCGGCGUCGGCCAACUCCGCCAAAUCGUCGCGAAGCCUUCCGGCACAGCUUGCGUCACGGCAGCAGUCACGGCGGCCGAGUGUGCCAUCGCCGACGGGGAAGGGCGCGAAACCGGAGGAGAGUAUCGGUGAAGAUCUAGAGGAGACCAGCCUGACACCUAUGGCUACGUUCCUGCACAUGAUCGACCUUGAUGAUCACCUGUCGCUGCUCGAGGAGGAGCAAAUGGACCUAGACUCACUUAUGCUCUGCAGUGACAUGGAUCUCAAGGAUCUGGACAUGGCGCUAGGUCCACGGCGCAAGAUUCUCGCCGCCGUCCAGAAACGAAAGGCGACGCUGAGCAGCGCCGAGCGUCGUACGCUGCAGGACAGUGAAGUUUAAAAGACACGGGGGUGACCAUACAAGCGGGUGCUCUGCACAUGUUUGGAUAGUACAGAGACGGCGUAACUGCCUGGCUACCCGGCACACUCUUAUGCAUCACUUCAGGCUUGCUUGCAAUUUCAUACGAGGGUAAGCAGCCACAGCCUUCGGCCUGUUCAUCAUCAGUCAAUGGUGGAAAUGGAACAAAUUCCUUUGACUUGCAAUUCCAGCCAGUAGUAAGUGACUGUGAUAUAGGUGCCAUCCUUGAUACUUGACACUUGAACACCAUCUUGAGUUUUGCAUAGUUCUUGACAGAGGCUCUCAUUUAGAGUUAUAACAACGUUAUGACAACUCAAGUUCUCUACAUAUCCGCCAAGUAUUGAACGUUGACCUAGUGGAGUAAUGGCGAGUUUUCGAAAGUGCGUAUUCUUUAAACGCCCACUAUCAGUGUUUGACACGUUAGCCGCUAAGGUCUGGCGACGCCGCAGACA